CGUCCUCUCAUUUUCACAUAACUUCAUUAAGAAGCAACUGAAUCUGAUAAAUCCCACACAUAUUUUUGUUCUUUCUAGCACACUGAAUAAAGAUGUAUGUGACUAGACCUUUGUCUAUGUACAGAAGAUCACCAAGUACUCUUGAAGUGGCAACACCAGAUGCUCCAUAUUCCGGUUAUUUAGUGAUCACCGACGAGGAAGCGGAGGCGGAGGACGCGUGUUGUUGGCGGCUAUGCCGGCGGAAGAAUGUUAAGAGACUGCCCUUCCCUCAGGACAAGAUCUUCAGAGUGAGUCACUCAUCAGAGUAUCAGCAAACUUCAGACACUAAGGUUUGGUUUGUGCCUGUGCCUAAUCACCCGCUUUCUUCCAACCGUUACUAUAUCAUUAGAGCUAGAGGAAGAUACAAAUAUGAUAUCAUGUUAUUAUACCGUGUUAGGAAAGCUUGUAAAUGCUCAAGAGAGGGUGACAUUAUCCGUUGCUGCUUCAGUGAUCUCUUGAAUGACCAAAAACCAAAGCCUUUCAACUUAAAAGACUUGUAUCAAAUCUUCAAGAUUCAUAAUCACCACACCGGCGGAUUCUUCGCUAAGUCGAUCACGCCGGACGGCAUACCUCCCACAUUCCUAAGAAAGAAAGGUUGGAGACUCCGAAUCUCCGGCUCAUACCGAUCUUGCCGGCUAAGCGAAGCGCUAGGCGUCGACGCCCCCCUCAGAGAACAGCUUCCUGAUUUUAACUUUACAGUUUCAAGAAAACGCUCGCCUCCGGUGAUAGUUGGAAAAUGGUACUGUCCAUUUAUAUUUGUAAGAGAAGGGAAGAGAGUGAAGAAACAAAUGAACAAGUCCUUGUUUUAUGUGAUGACGUUGGAGCAAAAAUGGGAAGAGAUUUACUCUUGUGGAAGUGAUGAAAUAAGUGAAGAGGGUAAUGUGGUAAUUGUGAAUGCAUAUGUGGAAAGAGAGGUUGCUUUAGUUUCAGGAAUGGAAGCUACAAAGCAUUCAAGAAGUGAUUGUAACAGCAUGUAUUGGUUUAGAGCGGUUAAUCCAUAUAAUAGGAGAAGGGUGAGUGUGGGGUUGAGUUCAGCAAUAAUUGAGAACAUGAGGUGGGUUCAAGAGGCUGGAGGGUGGGUUAAUGGGAAUGGGAGAGAGAGGGUUGUGAGAGUGAGAGAAGAAGUGAAGAGUGAAAGUUAUGAAUGGCAAAGGUUUGCUUGUUAUGUUUUGGUGGAGAGUUUUUGUCUUAGGACAUUAGAAGGGAGGUUAGUCAUUAGAUAUGAUUUUAGGCAUACACAUAAGAUCAAAUAUAAAUGGGAAUAAAUCAACUUAAAGCUGGUCGAAUCUUCAACUUA